UGAAAAACUCUCUCUAUCUCUCUCUGAUCAGUUGAAAAACUCUCUCUCUCUCUCUCUCUCUCUCUCUCUCUCUCUCUCUCUCUCUCAUGUGAACCUAGGAUUGGAUACUUUCCUGGUACUGUAUAAGGCGGAGUAUAUGCUGCAGUAAAAGAUGGUUGGGAAGUCGGAGAAAAGCUACUUGGAGGUUUUGGGUCUGUGCUGCUCAUCAGAGGUGUCUCUGAUUGAGAGAAUCCUGAAGCCACUUGAUGGGGUUAUUCAGAUCUCAGUUAUCAUCCCAACCAAGACAGUAAUUGUUGAUCAUGACCCACUUCUCAUCUCUCAAACUCAAUUAGCCGCAGCGCUAAAUCGGGAAAGGCUAGAAGCCAAUGUUAAACUGCAUGGAGAAAUCAAAUCGCAAUACAGAUGGCCUGAAAUAUGGGUGAUGGGUUGUGGCUUGCUGUUGGCACUCUCCUUUUUAAAGUAUGUUUACCAACCAUUUCAAUGGUUGGCUGUUGGUGCCGUCGCUGUUGGCAUUCUUCCGAUAAUUUUCAAAAGCAUAGCAGCCAUUCGGAACUGCGUACUCAACGUCAACAUCCUCAUUCUAAUUGCAGUGGGAGGGACACUUGCUUUGCAAGAUUUUUCAGAAGCCGGCACUAUUGUGUUCAUAUAUGCCAUUUCUCAAUGGCUCGAGUCAACGGCAAGUUACAAGGCUUUGGCUGUAAUGUCCUUACUGACAAGCAUUGCCCCUCAAAAAGCUAUAUUAGCAGAGAGUGGAAGCCAAGUAGAUGUCAAAGACGUGCCGUUAAACACAGUCGUCAUCGUCAAGGCCGGUGAAGCUAUCCCAAUUGAUGGAAUCGUAGUAGAAGGCCAAUCUGAGGUUGACGAGAAGAUGUUGACUGGAGAGCCAUUUCCCGUUUUCAAACAACUGGACGACACUGUUUGGGCCGGCACUAUCAAUCUUAAUGGUUAUAUUAAGGUUAAGACAAUUGCUAUAGCAGAGGAUUGUGUGGUGGCAAGAAUGACAAAGCUAGUAGAAGAUUCUCAUAGAAGGAAAUCUAAAACUGAGAGAUUGGUAGACACUUGUGCCAAGUACUAUAUUCCUGGGGUUGUGUUGCUAUCAGCAGGUUUGGCUGUGAUUCCAGCUGCAUUGAGAGUUGAUAACGUAACACAAUGGUUUUACUUAGCAAUAGUGGUAUUGGUAAGUGGAUGUCCUUGUGCACUCAUCCUCAGUACCCCUGUUGCCAAUUUCUGUGCACUUACCAAGGCUGCGACGACCGGACUUCUAGUCAAGGGUGGAGAGUAUCUGGAGAUUCUUGCCAAAGUUAAAACCGUGGCCUUUGAUAAAACUGGAACCAUAACAAGGGGAGAAUUUGUGGUCACUGACUUCCAGUGUUUAUCUGAUGAUAUCAGCUUCAACACUCUGCUCUACUGGGUGUCAAGCAUUGAGAGUAAAUCAAGUCAUCCAAUGGCAGCGGCACUAGUGGAAUACAGUCAAUUGCACGCCAUUGAACCAAAGCCAGAGGACGUACAAGAUUUUCAAAAUUUCCCAGGAGAAGGGAUUUCUGGCAAAAUAGACGGGAAGUACAUACAUGUAGGGAAUCGCAGGAUUGCAGCACGAGCUGGUUGUACUACAGUUCCACACCUUGAAGCCCACAGCUUGGGAGGAAAGACAAGUGGAUUCAUAUACUGUGGACCAUCUGCUGCUGGAGUAUUCAACCUAUCAGAUGCUUGUCGGUCAGGGGCCAAGGAGGGAAUUGAAGAACUAAAAUUAUUGGGCAUACGAACUGUCAUGCUUACUGGUGACUGUCUCGCAGCAGCAGUACUCGUACAAGACCAGCUAGAGGAUGCUCUUGACGAAGUCCGGGCAGAACUUCUACCAGAAGACAAGGCAACAAUCAUUCAGGAUCUCAAGAAUAAAGGAACUGUGGCUAUGAUUGGAGACGGCAUGAAUGAUGCCCCAGCCUUAGCUACAGCUGAUAUUGGUAUCUCAAUGGGAAUUUCUGGUUCAGCACUUGCAACAGAGACGGGAGACAUGAUUCUUAUGUCUAAUGACAUCCGUAAGAUACCAGAAGCUGUUCGACUAGCGAGAAGGACUCGCAAGAAACUCAUUGAGAAUGUCAUUUUGUCAAUCACUGUUAAGGGUGCUAUCCUUGUACUGGCUUUGGCAGGCUACCCUCUGAUUUGGGCUGCAGUUGUUGCUGAUGUUGGCACAUGCUUGGUUGUAAUUAUGAACAGCAUGCUACUUCUACAAGGAACCCCAGACCCAGAAGAAAAAAGGAAAUUCCGCAAAUCAUCCCCUUCAAGUGGCAAUCAAAAGCCCGGGUGCAACACAAGUGACUGUCACACGCCUCUUAUCAGUAAUUGUUGUUCGAGCAGUGUAGCGAUGGAAAGGUGUGAAACUCAAGAUUGUUCUUCAAGUGGACAAGUUGAGCCUUCCACUUCAAAAUUAUGUAAGAAUGACAAAUGCACUGACUUACAAUGCAUGAGGGGUAUUUCCGAAGGAGAUGGGAGGUCAAGUAACGUUGUUUUGGGUGCCGGUGCCAAUGCAAUGCCGGAAAAUGCUUCUGAAAAAAGCUUAUCAGAAAUCAUCAUUCACUAGAUGUACUGCUCAGGUUACAUGGAGAUGAACUUCUUAGAUGAUAAUUGCUAUAACAGAUGGCAAUGUUAUUAGAGAAAGCAUAUUCGGAUGAAAAGAAACUCAAGAAGGUUCCUAUUCUAUGUUGAUUCUAUGAAAUACUGUCUAAGCUAGAACAGUUUAGGUCUUUUCAUCAUCUUGAAAUUUAUUCCUGCGUCCGUGAUUUAUUUAUUUUAUAGGGUAUUUAUCAGUUUAUUA